CCUCAACAACACCAAUUCUAUGUGGAGUGCUCAGCAGCUAAUUGGUCGGGACUAGUGACGUCAUCGUGUAGGUGAGUUUGGAUCAGUCAGAGAGCAGUUAGCCUCUGAAAUGCAGACAAACCUGUCACACACCAGUAAGAAACACACAUCCACACACAGGACAUCCAGGAGCCUUCUUGUGAGAAUCUACGGUGACAUCAUGAACUCUGACAGAACGCCAACAUGGCCUCAUGAAAUGGAGUUGCGACAAGAAGACCAUUUCCCUGGACCUCUCCCAGGAGAUGGUGGAAGACCUCACGAUGAAAUUGUCAGUCCACCAGCAGGUGGCAUCGUGGGUGGAGCUAAGAAACGUCUGACUGCUCCCACUCUCAGUCUCACGCUGAGCCAUGGCGAUUCCCACGAGCAAAGUCACGACAGCUUCUCGGCUGCAGCGGUCUCGUCCACACAUUCGCUAGACAUCAACUUGGAGGCGUUGGAGACGCCGUCUGACAGCGAGGCGGAGCCUGAUGGGGCGCACGACCUGGACUGGGAUGAUGACUUCCCUUGGAUGAGGAGGAAGGAGGGCGUGGGGGGCAUGGCCUGGAAGCAGGCGGAGCCUAGUGGAAUGGGGCUGAUGGAGCUGGACCGAGUAGACAGCAGAGGACGCCGCUGGAGGAAGUUCUACAUGUCCGGACAGGAAUAUCAUGUCAACAUGAGCGUCCUGGAGCCAUACCUCCAGGUCCUGUCACAUGGAGGUUACUAUGGGGAUGGGAUGAACGCCAUCAUCCUGUUCACGUCGUGCUACCUUCCAGAGAACACAAUUGACAACUACGACUAUGUGAUGGAGCACCUAUUUAAGUACAUGGUGGGCACGUUGGACCUGAUGGUGUCAGAGAACUACCUGCUGGUCUUCCUGUGCGCCAUGGCGCCUAGAAACAAGUUUCCCUCCAUCAGAUGGCUGCGGCAGUGCUACACUUCCAUUGACAGGAGGUUGAAGAAGGACCUCAAAGGACUUCUGGUGGUCCACCCCAGUUGGUACGUCAAAGUCCUCCUCACUGUGAUCAAGCCCUUUGUCAGUAACAAGUUCAGCAGGAAGAUUCGUUUCAUCCAAAGUCUUGACCAGCUUUCUCACGUAAUCCCCAUGGACAGACUGAUGAUCCCCGACGCUAUUUUUCAGUUUGACCAGCAGUUAAACAAAUGACGAGUGCCAUGUCGAUGGCCUGGACAGUUCCUAGAGACCGAUGAGGCGCUGCCAGGAAGCACUCUCUGAAGAGGCUGAUUCAGAGGCUUUCCAAAAAAACCCAGAAGAACUUGUAUGACCUGUGGAGGAAGAAGGAAGAAGUCAAGACAAUACAAAACAUUUCUGUAAAUGAGAUUUUGAUGGAACAAAAUGUUCAAAUCAAUGUACUGUAUAUGUAAAACUAUGAUAAUCACAUGCAAAGAAACCUGCAGGGGGCGCUGUUUUCGUUCACGAACUUACCACAGUCAUGACGUCAUCUCACGCUGCCACUUUCCACUGUCCAACAAGAUUAGUGUGUGUGUGUGAGUUUUUAUACAAACUACCAGGACAGUAUUGUCUUCAACGUUUCAAUGAAAUAUUUUUCUCUAUUUUAGUAAAAAGUUAACAAUCAACAAUAUGAAAAAACAAACAAACUUGACACCAUUUAAAAUCUUGACUUAAAACUGGCAGUUGGCAUUGAAAUCGCCACAAAUGUUUCAGUAAAUGGCCUCGUCCAUGUUGUCAUCACUUUCCGCGCCAAAGUCCUCGCCGUUGUCGAAAUAGGACAUGAUGUAGUCUGUCUCCUGCAAGACACAGCUCGUUAUUAUGAUGAAAAAAUGAAAAUAUCUCAUUUGAUGUCUUCUCACUUCCUCCAGCUCCUCCUCGUCAUACUCUUCCUCGGGCUCCUGAUCCUCUUCCUUCUUCUCCUGCUGCUCCUCAUCCUCAGAGUUCUGCUGCUCUUCACUCUGCAGCGUCUAAACAACAGGAUCAGUUUAACAGAAGUGAAGGAGAUAGGUUGAAAUGAAAGUUUACCAUGAAAGUGGAAAUGAUUAAGGUAGAUAUGGAAGGGCGUAUUCAGUCAUUUGGAGCUCUGAGGCAAAUCUAACCACGACUUUGUACUGCACUGACACAAGUUUUAUCCUCACCUCCCCACAAGGUCUUCAAUGUGGGCAGCAGCAAGUUUAAUAUAGUUUACCGCUU